AAUUUUGAGUGAGAAACCUGUGUUGCGGUAAGGCGGAUAAAGCGAGAGUGAGCUGAGGACUGGUGUGUGGGGGGCGGAGAUACAAAAACAUUACACGGGGACCAGCAAGGCAUUUUGAGAGGAGCCAAAAAAUCUCAAAAGUUAGCGUAGCAAACGAGAAAACGCAGUGGUGGACAGAGAAAAACCAGAGUCAAGAAAACAAGUAUAAGACAAGCCAGCUAAUUCAGGGAAAGUACUGAAGUCAAAUAUAAUCCCCAAAUUUCUUUACGCAAAAGAGAAAUCUCUAAAAACUACAUAUAUAUCGCAAGUAACGAUGAUGUCAGUAACGUUAAGUCUCUAGUGACAAAAAAAAUGUCAAAUAAAAAGCUCUUCUUUUUUAAACCAUAGUAUUCAGUCUCCGUAGAGACUGUCAAAAAUUGCCAUUGCCGACUAUAUUUCAAGUCGUCAUGGCGGGGUAUUGGGAAAAGUUUUCAAUUAGCAAUAAUCGCGCCUCGGAUAAUCCUCAUUGGCUACGAUACUGCCACUGCGCAAAGCUAACCAAUGCUUUCCCCUACUCAUCACCCCCAAUAGGCAAGGUUCCUAUUUCAGAAAGGCGAUCUUGAGUCUCAUGGAAAAACCUUCAAUUAUUGUUUGGUUGAAAAUUAUACGACCAUACGACGAUCUUUCGGAAUGGAAAGGCUGUUUCUGAAGAUCCUCUUGCUUGAUUUUACUUACCCAGGUUUUGACGAGCAUGAAGCAAAGCAUUAUGGGAAGUAACAUGCUAAGAAAUGAAUUGGGCGAACGAGACAUAGGCUCAGUGUCAAGGUACUUGUGAAUAUACUUCUCAGACAACCCAGCCACUGAAAGGUGGGAACUUGAUUGUAUUACGGUGAGUGGAAAGGAUCAUAAACACUGAAGUUGAGGGCGAAUCAAAGGUGUUAAAGCUUCUAUCUUAAGAGAGUAUGAAUUCCUAAGUUAGCGCUGUUUGGAUGCACGAUUUUCCACUCAGGACACGAGCCUCAACCUCUAAACACUUCUCCCAGAGACGGCAACUCAUUGGCUUAGGAGGAGAGAGCGGCACACCGCGAACCAAGUUUUGAAACCUCUGACCAGGAAGAGCCGACAGGGGCGCUACUGGACAAACUGGGUCCCUCAACUAUGAAACCUAGAGAAUUGUGGGACUUGUAGUUUUUCUUGCAUCAUUUAAGUUUCGUGAACUACAUUUCCCAAAAUGCAAAUAUAGCCAGUCAGUCCCACUGUCGGACAUGAAAUGUCACUUAAGCUGUGAAAGAAAGAAUGAGGAUGAGCUGUGGGUUGACUUUCAGGGCAGCGAAAGGCCUUUGGAUGGUGAACCUCAGCCGGCAGUGCUCACAUGCAUCCAUUGGGUUAUUUGUGCCACCCAGUCCUCCUGUGGACCCUGAGAAGGUCAAAGAAUUACAGCGCUUCAUCACCCUUUCCAAGAGACUCCUAGUGAUGACGGGGGCAGGAAUCUCCACCGAGUCGGGGAUCCCAGACUACAGGUCAGAAAAGGUGGGACUUUAUGCCCGCACUGACCGGAGGCCCAUCCAGCAUGGGGACUUUGUACGGAGUGCUCCAAUCCGCCAGCGGUACUGGGCGAGAAACUUUGUGGGCUGGCCUCAGUUCUCCUCCCAUCAGCCUAACGCUGCACACUGGGCUUUGAGCAACUGGGAGAGACUCGGAAAGCUGCACUGGCUGGUGACCCAAAAUGUGGAUGCCUUGCACACCAAGGCGGGUAGUCGGCGCCUGACAGAGCUCCACGGAUCCAUGCACAGGGUCCUCUGCUUGCAUUGCGGUGAGCAGACCGCCCGCCGGGUGCUGCAGGAGCGCUUUGAAGCCCUGAACCCCACCUGGAGUGCUGAGGCCCAGGGCCUGGCUCCUGAUGGUGAUGUCUUUCUCACGGAGGAGCAGGUACAGAGCUUUCAGGUCCCAUCCUGCGCUCGAUGCGGAGGCCCUCUGAAACCAGAUGUCGUUUUCUUCGGGGGCACCGUGAACCCUGACAAGGUCGACUUUGUGCACAGGCGCGUCAAAGAAGCCGACUCUCUGUUGGUGGUGGGGUCGUCCUUGCAGGUGUACUCUGGUUACAGGUUUAUCCUCACUGCACGGGAGAAGAAGCUACCAAUUGCCAUACUGAAUAUUGGGCCCACACGGUCGGAUGACUUGGCGUGCCUGAAACUGGACUCGCGUUGUGGGGAGCUGCUGCCUUUAAUAGACCCACGCUGACCACGGUCUGGUGUUCCAGAGCCGGGAGCUGGGACUGUCACUUGUAUCCUGCUGCUGAAGAUCCCUAAGGAUUCCAUCCCUUCUUCCUCUAUGGAAGCUCACGGAGUGCAGCCUGUAGAGGGCAGCAAACCAACGUUUCUUUGCCAGCCCAUCUGUGAACGGCAGGUUUCAAAGCCAAGGAGUUAAGAUCUUCAGGCUGAUGAGAUUUGUCCUUGAAGAAAGACUUGUUUCAAAGCAGCAGCUUCUCCUGAUAGGAAAAGUGCUUUCACUUCCUUUUUAUCUCACCGGCAGAAGAAAUAGCCCAGGAAAUAUGGAGGCUGGAAUGGUCUCUAGAGUGCUAACCUAGGGAUCUCACUAAUGUGGGAGGUAAGGGGAGAAGGAAGUGACUUCAUUUAUAAUUCCAAAUAGUUAAAUGUCUUUCACUGAACUGGUGUAAUAUAUUUUUUUGAAAAGAUGAACAAUGCUAUGAAUGAAUUUAUUAACCAAGAAAUUAAGGGAAUCAUUUUUUAAAUAGCUCACCAUGUAUGUGGGCAGUAUGUUUCUAUUUUUUAAUCAGCUAAAAGCAAAUGGGGCUUUAUGACAUGGUUCUCUAAGGGUUUCUGCCAGAAUGAGACACCUGCCUUGAACCUGGUCUGUAGAGAGGAAACAGUGAAUUCCCAAGUGGGAUCUUAAAUUGAUUUGUUUCUGCUGAGAGAAGCAGCAAGACUUGUUUGAUUACUGUGUUAGCCAGGAAGAAUCACUGUACCAGGCUAAAGCUUUCUGUACAAUCUCAUCAAAAGGUGAAGCGGAUGAAAGAAUCACAGCCUAUUCCGGGGUAGUCUUUUGUCUACAAGUAGGGCAAGCAAUAAAUGUUCAUCCUGCAGCUGCCUAGGAAGCACAUUUCAGUUAACUGGGAUAACCCACGAUCUUGAAAACACAAAGACUUCUUUUUCACCUCUACAACUGUAGGUUUGCUCACAGCCAAAAACCUUGCUCAUAAGGUUGUUGGAAAUCUCAUGCCAAUUGUUUUGCAGACGGAGAUCCUAAGGUGCUUUGGGCCGAGCUGGAUUUACUCAGUCAUCCAGAGUCGGUAACAAUAAUUGUAUUCAAAUCUGGGUCUUUUGAAUCUCGAGCCAUUCUCAUCCACAAAUCUCACAAAUGGUUACUGACAACACUAUAGAUGAAGGUACUAAGGUUCCAAAGAUAAAACCUCUUUCCCUCAAGUGGCUCACGGGGGAUGUGCUAUUUCUCCCCCGCUUAUUCUCUACCAGCAAAUGUCACCGAGCCAUGCAUGGAAUGACAGGAUGAGAGAAAAUUUAGCCCAUCCCACCUUCAUUUUUGAGGAAACUAAGAUCCAGAUUUACCUAAGGCCACAGUCCAUAGUUUCAGAGCCAGGUCUGGAAUCCAAGUAGAUUUUCCUCCCAGUUCUUUUCUUUUUACACAACAAUGCUUCUCAUAUGUCUGAAGAUUAUGGUUAGAAAGAAGUCAGCCUGAAGUAGCAGCAGAAGCUAGCAGUACACCUGGCCAAGGAGACCAGGAAUGGUUAAUGUGGUGGGCAGUAGAGAGAUUAGGUUGCCAGGGAGAGAAGGCAGGCUGUUUCAUCACCUAAUGCUGGCACAAUUCACGAAACCAAGUCUUGAGGGCCUUAGGAAUGUUCCUUUUGUUCAUAUUUCCACCUGAGAUAGAAUUCUUUCCAAAAAAAUUUGUUUCAGGAGGAACGUGGUAUUUCCUGAAGCUGUUUCUCAUGUCUCCUUACUUUACACCUUUAGCUUUCCACCAGCAUGGCAGUUCCUAACCCACUGAGUGCCCUCGGUUUGAAUAACAUCUACAAGCAGGCGUUACCGGAUUGUCACUACCCUGCUUACAUGGGUCUAAUGGCGUAAGCUGAGUUUUGGGCGUAACUUUUGGUCAUCCUCUUCCUCAGGUGCUUCCACAAUUCUGCUCUGCUAUCACAGUUUCAGUAAGUAGGCGUUACAAAGGCUAACGGGUACAUAAGACUUGAAACCUCCUUCCCACUAACUCCUAUUUUCUUUCUUCUGCUGUCAUAAAUUGAAUAUCCUUCUCUCACCUCUCCCUUAAAUAAUAGCAUUUAGUGAGCACACAAUACCCAAAGCAGCUUGUGAAGCAUUUUACAACACAUUAGCUCAAUAAGAAUUAACCCCGCAAGAGAUGCUUGGGCGUGCAUAAAGGUCAGUCUUCAGUGAAUGCUGAACUUUUCCUAAGAGGAUCAAAGGAAGGACCAAUAAGAAAUUCAACACUGGGGCGGCUGGUUAGCUCAGGUGGUUAGAGCGCAGUGCUCGUAACACCAAGGUUGCUGGUUUCA